CCCUGAGUGCCUCUGCCUCACCAGGGUGCACCCCAGACCCUGCAGCCCCCUCAUAAAGUUUAGUGAUGCUGAAUAGAUGACACCCUGGACUGCAACGAGGUCAUCAUCCUCUUCCACCACUUCCAUACUGAAUCUCACGUCCUUUUAGCCCGGUUACAGCAGAUGCAGAUGUCGUUGUCAAAGCUGUAAGAAUAAAUUCACUUGCAAGCUGCCACCUCAGAUUGUUAAGGUACAAAGCGAUGCACCCGCAGUGCCGAUGCUCCUCUCGCUCGCUUGUGAUUCCUGUGAUCUGUGCCCCCGUACAGCGUUCCUCCGCCCUCACCGGGGCUUGGCACGAAGUUCUGCAGCACCGGCGGGCCAAGACGCUUCAGAGAUGCCACGGAGACUGUCGCAGCCGGCAGAAAGAUUCCAGCAUCAGGACAACCCCACUGAACUGCAAUGCAAGCACAUGAGUUGUUCAGACACCUACGAAUGCCAGAAUUUGGGGACGUCAGGCAGUAUGUGCGCACCCUGCCCACAAACACGCUGAUGGGCUUCGGGGCUUUUGCAGCUCUCACAACCUACUGGUAUGCAACAAGGCCGAGGGCACUAAAACCACCAUGUGAUUUAGCAAUGCAGUCUGUGGAAGUAGAGGGUGGUGAGCAUGCUCGAAGGUCCUCUCUUCUGAACAGCAAUGAACCAUUGAUUUACUACUAUGAUGACGUGAGAACAACUUAUGAUAUCUUCCAAAGGGGUGUGCAAGUAUCAAAUAAUGGCCCAUGUCUUGGUUUUAGAAAACCAAACCAGCCAUAUGAGUGGAUCUCCUAUAAAGAGGUUUCAGACAGAGCUGAGUACAUAGGCUCUGCAUUACUUCACCGAGGCUUCAAACCAUCUCAUGCUCAAUAUAUAGGAAUCUUUUCACAAAACAGACCUGAGUGGGUUAUCAUUGAACAAGGAUGCUAUGCAUACUCCAUGGUGGUGGUGCCACUCUAUGAUACACUGGGAACUGAAGCAAUUGCAUACAUUGUGAACAAAGCUGACUUGUCGUUGGUUUUCUGUGACAAACCUGAUAAGGCCAAGCUUCUCCUAAGUGGUGUGGAAAAGGGGGACACUCCAAUACUCAAUACCAUUGUUAUCAUGGAGCCUUUUGGCACAGAUCUUGUGGAACGUGGCAAAAAGUGUGGGGUGGAAAUCUUCAGCAUGAAAGAAAUAGAGGAGCUGGGAAGAGCACACAGGCAAAAACCCAUGCCUCCAAAGCCAGAAGAUCUAGCAGUCAUCUGUUUCACCAGUGGAACGACAGGAAACCCCAAAGGAGCUAUGAUCACUCAUCAAAACAUAGUCAGCAAUGCUUCAGCUUUUGUGAAAACUACAGAGAAAACAUUUAUGCCUUCCUGUGAUGACAUUUUGAUAUCAUUCCUGCCCUUGGCUCAUAUGUUUGAGAGAAUUGUUGAGUGUGUGGUUCUGUGCCAUGGAGGUCGGAUAGGAUUCUUUCAAGGGGAUAUCAGACUACUUAUGGAUGACCUAAAAGCACUUCAGCCAACUGUAUUUCCUGUAGUACCAAGAUUGUUGAACAGAAUGUUUGACAAGAUUUUUGGACAGGCAGAUACUACAAUAAAAAGGUGGAUGCUGGAUUUUGCUUCCAAGAGGAAAGAAGCAGAACUCAGAAGUGGUAUAGUUAGAAAUAACAGUUUCUGGGAUAAAGUAAUCUUCAGCAAAAUACAGGCUAGUUUGGGAGGAAAAGUAAGGCUGAUGGUCACAGGAGCAGCACCUGUAUCUGCAAGUGUACUGACCUUCCUGAGAGCAGCUCUUGGCUGUCAGUUCUAUGAAGGUUAUGGACAGACUGAAUGUACAGCUGGGUGCUCACUGUCACUUCCUGGAGAUUGGACAGCAGGUCAUGUUGGAGCACCCAUGCCAUGCAGUCUCAUCAAGCUUGUUGAUGUACAAGAAAUGAACUACUUGGCUGCCAGAGGAGAGGGUGAGGUAUGUGUGAAAGGGCCAAAUGUAUUUUGUGGCUAUUUGAAAGAUGCAGAAAAAACAGCAGAAGCUCUGGACAAAGAUGGCUGGCUUCAUACAGGAGACAUUGGGAAAUGGCUACCAAAUGGUACAUUGAAGAUCAUUGACCGGAAAAAACACAUAUUUAAACUAGCCCAGGGAGAGUACAUAGCACCAGAGAAAAUAGAAAAUGUAUAUCUGAGGUGUGAAGCACUUGCUCAAGUGUUUGUCUAUGGAGAGAGCUUGCAGGCCUUCUUAGUUGCUGUUGUGGUACCUGAUCCUGAGACCUUGUGCAAAUGGGCCAAGAAAAGUGGAUUUGAGGGCUCAUAUGAAGAGCUAUGCAAAAACAAGGAUGUCAAAAAACACAUUCUGGAAGACAUGGUGAGAAAUGGGAAAGAAUCUGGUUUGAAAUCAUUUGAACAGGUCAAAGACAUCUUCGUGCACAACGAAAUGUUUUCUAUUGAAAAUGGCCUCCUGACCCCAACGCUGAAGGCGAAGAGACCAGAGCUGCGAAAAUAUUUCCAGCCCCAGAUAGAUGAACUCUAUGCUAAUGCCAAAAUGUAACUGAGAAUGGAACGGGGAAAGCAGCACACGUCUGUCUACUGUUGGCCUUUGUAUCUGUAAUUUGACUACAGCAAACAUAGGGAAGGAAACUGUGCAAUCAUUAACUUGUACAAAAAAUGGGUACUUACCAUAGGAACACUGAAGAAAUGCAACACUGCCUUACUGUCAAGUUGUGUUGUAUACUGUUUUUAUGGUGACCUGCGAUUUCCCAAAAGAGCCUUAACUAUAAAUGGUAACUAUAUGUAAGUUAUUUAAGACUUCCUUGGCCAAAAAUGGGACUCUCCUUCACUAAGGAGCUAAGGUUUUCUUAUUGCCAGCGUGUUUUGCUGUCUGCAGUGUAUUUUGCAGUUGUCAGUUCCACAAAGGGUUUGGCAGGUUUGAAAAUGCCUCAAAGUAUCUUGAGUCCUCAGAAAGAUUACUUAAUCUGCUUAAAAACAAACCAACAGCCCCUGAAAAACCACAACAAAACCAACAACCCACAACCACCAAAUAAACUUCCUACAGUUGUAUACAUGGUAUCACAUUAGUCCUAGUGUUAACUGAGGUAAGGCAUCUGAGUGCUUUUACUCCCUUUUAUAUCUGCAGACAGUCCUGAGAUCUACUUUCAUAAGGUAGAAGUCAGUACUCCACACAAAGGAGACCCAAUGAAUUCAGGUUCCGUAGAGUAAAUCUGCCUAUGGUGGUUCUGCACUGAAAGUGUGGAUACAGUUGAUUCAGCAAGUGUAGUCUUUGCUACAUUAACACAAUUCCAGAGUGGUGCCAGCCCUGUAAACGAAUAGAUCAUGACUCUGGCUAGAAAACUAGAGACCUAAAACCAAAACCAUUGAGGAGGCUAGGCUAUGCUAACAGUCAGGUAAACACUGCACCUGUACUAGCCACUUUUUUCCCUGUAAUGACCGUGUAUUUAAAAUGCAUUUUUUUAAAAUGUGCCAGGUCCUCUAUAUGCAGAAGAGCUUCUGACAUAACCUCUGUUUUCUGUGCUUUAUGUAUGAGCCACUGAGUAUUCUUCACUGAAUAGCAAAAAUAGGUUCAGGUAGAAUGUUUUUGCCUGAUGCUUUGCAGCAAUUGGAAGUAUUUAAAUAUGCCAACAGAACUGUGUGUUGGUGUGGGAUUAGGUAUUUAUUCAGGGAUAAAAACCUAAUUCCCUGAUAAAUUACAAAGUAACUAAUUACCUUUUUGUCUGAGAAAUUGGCAGAAAUAAGCCUUAUUACAGCAUAAGUCUUUUGCUAUCCUUAACAGAGUUGGUUAUGCAUUAGCAUUCAUUGCUGUUUUCUGAAAACAUGGAUAUAUGUAAAAUACAAGCACAACAAGGUUUGCACUAAGAUUUGUGUGUGAUUGUAAUGCACUACUCUGUAGCAUAAUUUCAUACAUGAGUGCAAUUAAGGUACACAAAUCCAAGUCAACUGUUAGAGCAGUAGUUUGUUACAUUGGAAUUCAAAUGUUUGCUUAGUGUUGGCUAUUUCUAUGUUUUAUAAAACCAAAACAAUUUUCAAAACCAAUGAAGGAAACCAAAAUAAAUAUUUCUGCAUUUCAAUUCAGUGAAGUGUGUGUUUAUCAAGGGAAGAUGCUGACUAUCAAGCCAAGGUGUAAUUUGGUAACUGACAAGCUGCAAACCUCCACUGCUACAAACACACUAAAUAGAGGGUAAGUGCUGGUUGUUGACAUGUUAAUUUUGGAAGGUACCCUUCUUUGCUUUGAUCUGAUAUUUCUGUGUAAUCUUUUCUGGCCAACAUCUGUAAGAAGGGGAAUGUUAUUGUAUGUAACUUUCUCCAUCAGCAUUCUUAAACAAAAGCAUCCUAAUUUUUGCCUUCA